CUCAUGGUGCCAGCCCCUGUACAAACAUCCAGCUCACAGGCCCUGUCGGGACACCAGAAGAAAAACAACCCUGGGAGAAGAUCCUGUCACUACACGAGAGACACAACCAAUGUGAACAGGCACAGGAAGGACCUGGUACCUGGAUGCAGCCCUGAUGGAACCACAUGCACCUGCGUUGGGGGAACACCGCAGAUGGUAGGACAGCUUUUCUCCUCCAGGGUCUCCAGCCUCAGAUUGGAAUCAGACUACAGAAACUGCAGCCACAGCAUCCCACCAGGACACAGGGAGUCCUGGUGCAGAACCUGUCUGCAGCCCAGGAAGGGGAAGAUGAAGCCAGCAGCAACGUGGAUGCAAGUCAAGAACUGGACAAUGAUGCCAAACAGAGCAGAAGUAAACCCUGCUAAUGGAGCAGUGCACGUGUGCCUGCGUUGGCACUCCAGUUCGGUACUGUUCCUGUCUGUGGCUCAUCAAAAGAUGGGGAGGAAGAAAUGCUACCUACAAUUUAGCAGUUCUAUGAUGAAAAAACUUAUUUUUAAGGCAAAGCUUGCAACCUGUGGGUUGCAACCUGUGCCAUCACCGUGCACUUCCAACACGAGGCUAGUUCCAUCUUCCAGUCCUGUCCUGCAGUCAGGUAUUUGUAGGCAGCAACAAGGUGUCCCCUUAGCAUCCUCUUCUCCAAGCUGAAGAUAUCCAGCUCUCCCAGCUUCUUCAUGCGCAUCAUGUUCUGCAUCUCCUGACCGUUUUGAAGGACUUCUGGUUGACUCUCUCCUGUAUGUCAAUAUUGUUCUUGUACUGGAGGGAGCCCAAAACUGGACACAGUACUCAUAUGAAAUCUUAUGAAAGAACACUUCCCUGGCCCUCUUGUUAAUACAGCUCAAGACACUGUUGACUGCCUUUUCUGCGAGGACACACUGCUGACUCAUAUUCAAAUUGUUCACUAGAACACCCAGGUCCUUUUCUGCAGCGUUGCUUCCAAACAGCCCCCAGCCUGUACUGUCACAUGGGGAUACUCCUUCCCAGAUGCAAGGCCUCGCAAUUGCUCUUGCUGGACUCCAGAAACUUUGCAUCAGCCUGACUCUCGAGACUGUGGAGCUCCCGCUGAAUAGCAGCCCUGCCCUCCAGCUGAAUUCAGCUUUUGAAAUACAAUAAAAGAAUGUAAAAGCUAGAGAGACACAGUGGGAAAGAAACCCUGUACAUCAGAAGCCUCUCAAGGGAAAUCAGAGAACCAGAUGGAGAUGAUAGUUUCAUUUACCUCUAGAAGUUACUCACAAUGGGAAGGAAACAUUACAGAAAUGCUUAGUUGGCUGAGCAUUCUUCUAUCAGCAGUAAGAAGUUGGUUUGAUCUUCUGUCUUACCAUCUUGAAAAAAAAUAUUUGUGCUGGUUUCUUACGAUGUACUGACAAUUUGCCUUAUGAUAUUGGUAUUGUGUGGUAUUAUAUUUGUGUUUGCUUCCCACAACAUUUUAAUUCUGUACCUGUUUUGAUUUGAUGACAGGGACAGGUCUGUCACAAACUAAAGUGGAGUCUUUAUUAUGCAGUUCUGUUUCCCCCAGAGGAGCUGCCUGGGAACUCUCAUGAACUGAAAUAUGCAGUACUCUGCUGCUGGUCUAUUUAAACUAAUUUUGUGCUGAAAUCUUAGAAGGAAGAUUCUGAAAGCCACUGAGACCACCUGGAUUUAUCUAAUUCUUCAGAUUCCUUUUGUUACAUAAAAAGCAUGUAUUAAGACAAGUCA